GGAAAAUUACAGAGACGUUGUGGGCAUUGACAACAUCUACCAGCAGACACACAGUAGAAAAUAAAGACAAAGAAAAUGGUGGACACAACUAUUGGGACAUCAAAAUCUGACAGAAGUCCGAAGAGCUUAACAAACAUUGAAAUCUUUGAGAUAUGCAUAUAUUUUGUCAUCAUAGUCGUAGGUGUCAUUGGAAAUGGACUUGUCAUCUUUGUGACCGGCUACAAAAUUAAGAAGACAGUAAACUCCAUUUGGUUUCUAAACUUGGCGAUUGCAGACUUCUUUUUUAUUAUGUUCUUGGUGUACACAAUUGUUGUUGCCUUUGACAACAACAUACUUUUGAAUUUGAACAAACACAUGAAUGCAUGUUUGUAUUUUGGUUUUGCACUAAAUAUGUCUGCAAGUGUUUUCUUUCUGACAGUUAUCAGUGUGGAUCGAUGUCUGUGCACAUGGUUUGUUGUUUGGGUUCAGAACAAACGAACUUUAGUCAAAGCCAAAAACAUCAGUGUAUUUGUGUGGUUUUUAUCCAUCUACUACAGCAUCCCUUUUGGCUUUGUUGAUUAUGUACAUGAUGCUGAAAAUGUCAUCAAUGUCUAUAUGUCUCUGUUCACAUUUAUGUUUAUUAUGGGAUUUGUAAUUCCCUUUAUAAUCAUUGUAUCUUCAUACAUAGCUAUUGGUGUGCGGGUAAAACGUCUCAAAACAGGAAAGCAGCUUCGGCCUUUCCGGAUCAUAUCUGUGAUUCUGGCUUUUUUCAUAUGCUGGUUUCCUUUGCAUGUUCAGCAAUUGUGUUUAAUAACUGCAUAUAAGUAUAACUGGAGUGCCAGUGCUUUUGAGAAAAUUUAUGCUGCAGGACCUUUUGUUUUUUGCCUGAUUUUUCUUAAUAGUUGUGUGAACCCUGUUCUCUAUGUGUUCAUGUGUGACGAGUAUAAGAAGAAACUUAAAAAGUCUUUCCUGCUGGUGUUUGAGGGGGCUUUUAUUGAGGAGCAAAUUUUGGCUUUGAGAUCAACUCCACUCCCUCAAAACUCUCAAUGUCUGCAGGUAGUAAGUAUACAGACAUAAGAAACAACCAUCUGAUCUUUUGCUGACAGGAAAGAGAACUUUUUAGCGUCAGUCUUUAGAUGAUUGGAGAUAUACAUUUGUAAUUUAGAAAUAAAGAUUUCUCAAGUACUCCUCCAUUCUCCUGUGUUUAGACAAACAGAAAGUCUCACUCCAAAUUCUUGCCAACAGCUCAAUGUAUCGAUGAAGAGGAAGUGAAGAAUCAAUCUACAAAUCUCUUACUUAGGUUAAAUUUAACUCUCUCACAAAAUGUUUAUCUUUUUGUUUUGUUAUGCACAAUUAUAUGUUGUAACAUUAUUAGUGCAAAUCUUUCUUUUUUUUAUCUUAUCUUGUAACUAUCUAAGCUUAUCUAAAUCUAUAAGCUUAUAGCAAAAAAACUGUUUAUUUCCUGUUUAGAACAUUUUGCAACAUUUCUCAAUAUAAAGGUCAUUUUAUGCUAAAUUGUGUCUUUUUCUUAUUUAAACCUCUAUUUUCACUGUGAUAAAAACAGAUCAAAUAUAUCAGGUUGCACAUAACAGUUACAGAUACGUGUAGUUAUUUAUAAUACUGAACUUAAUGUCCAAAUGCAGUUACACCCCUUACAGUUUUAGGUACAAUAUAGAUGAUGUAUAAAAUGCAUAAUUAGCCAAAAACUAAUGUGGGGUUAGUAACACGGACUGUUUAGAUUGUUGCACAGGAUUGAGCGAGUUGGUUUUUGCGUUUUUUUUUUCAUGCUGCCAAAAGACAGUCU